AGUUAGUUACUCAGAGGGACUUGACUCUCCUUUGAAGCCUACUACUCCUCCUCCUGUCCUCCGUCCACUUUCUCUCUCCAAAGACGACACUAGCCCUUUUUACGACCGCAACCAUGAGUUACAGAUCAGGCAACACCUCCGUUCGCAAGAGCUUCUCCAGCCGCUCCUACGCUGCCCCCCAGACCACCCGGGUCAGCAGUACGUCUGUACGUCAGUCUGCCGGUGGAUUCGGUGGUGGUUACGGCUUUUCGUCCGGUAGUGGCAUGGGCGGAGGCAGCUACAAUUUCAGCAGCUCCAGUGCAGGUGGCUAUGGAGGUGGCUCUGGAUUUGGUGGCGGCAGCGGCGGAUUCAUUGGGGCCCCCAUCACGGCUGUCACAGUCAACCAGAGCCUGCUGGCCCCCCUCAACCUGGAGAUCGACCCCUCCAUCCAGAUUGUCCGCACCCAGGAGAAGGAGCAGAUCAAGGGCCUCAACAACCGCUUUGCUUCCUUCAUCGAUAAGGUUCGCUUCCUGGAGCAGCAGAACAAGAUGCUGGAGACCAAGUGGAGCCUCCUGCAGGACCAGACCACCACACGCUCCAACAUCGAUGGCAUGUUCGAGGCCUACAUCGCAAACCUGCGCAGACAGCUCGACGGUCUGGGCAACGAGAAGAUGAAGUUGGAGGGAGAGCUGAGGAACAUGCAGGGCGCGGUGGAAGAUUUCAAGAACAAGUAUGAAGAUGAAAUCAACAAACGUGCCUCCGUGGAGAACGAGUUUGUCCUCCUGAAGAAGGAUGUUGACGGUGCAUACAUGAACAAGGUGGAGCUGGAGGCGAAGGUUGACGCUCUUCAAGAUGAGAUCAACUUCCUCAGGGCUGUCUACGAGGCGGAGCUGCGUGAGCUGCAGAGCCAGAUCAAAGACACAUCGGUCGUGGUGGAGAUGGACAACAGCCGUAACCUGGACAUGGACUCCAUUGUGGCCGAGGUCCGCGCCCAGUAUGAGGACAUCGCCAACCGAAGCAGAGCCGAGGCCGAGACCUGGUACAAGCAGAAGUACGAGGAGAUGCAGUCGUCUGCUGGACAGUAUGGUGAGGACCUGCGUUCCACCAAGGCUGAGAUUGCUGAGCUGAACCGUAUGAUUGCCCGUCUGCAGAAUGAGAUUGAAUCAGUCAAGGGACAGCGUGCUAACCUGGAAAGCCAGAUUGCUGAGGCAGAGGAGCGUGGUGAGCUGGCUGUGAAGGAUGCCAGACUCCGCAUCAGCGACUUGGAGGCUGCCCUCCAGAGAGCCAAGCAGGACAUGGCCCGCCAGGUGCGCGAAUACCAGGAGCUGAUGAACGUCAAGCUGGCCCUGGACAUUGAAAUCGCCACCUACAGGAAGCUGCUGGAAGGAGAGGAGAACAGACUGACCUCUGGUGGCUCCUCUGCAACAAUCCACGUCCAGCAGAGCUCCGGUGGUGGAAACUACUCCAGCAUGGGUUCCAGCGGUGGGUUCGGCUACGGCGGUGGCAGCAGCCUGAGCAGCGGCGGCGGCUAUGGAAUGGGCGGAGGUUCUAACAUUACCAAGUCCUCCAUCAGCACCACCAGCAGCUCCAGGAGACACUUUUAGACAGGAAGAAGGAGUCAGGUCUCUUUCCCUUUCUGCAUGUCUCAAUCUAGACCCUGUACCUAUCCAUGGUGCUAUCCAAUACACUUUGACACAGAUUCUUCCCUCUUGAGGAAAAGUGAAAGAGCGAGGUAUUUCCCGACCCUUAGAAUUCACAUCCUGGUUGAUAAAUUGGGUACUCCUGUGCCGUAUAGAAACUCUGCGGAUACAGAGAAAGGUGUAAAUUUUUUAGUAUUGAGAGUGAUGAACACGAUAUAGAAUUGUGUUUCUCAUGGGUCGAAAAAUGCUCGCUUUCCUUUCAUUUGCCCUCUUCACCACCACUGACAGGUUAUCCAGAAGUCAUGACCCAGCAUGGCCAAAUUUGCAAUCUUUCUGCACUGAUGUCAUUGAAAAGGGGAGAAAAAAAAAAGUUUAUACAUCUAAAGAAUUAUUGAAGCCAAACACUGAAAACACUUUUCUAGGAACCUCCUUGUCUUAUUAUAGCUUGUAACUAUCAACAAACUGACAUAAUGCUGUGGUUAAUGGUGGUCAGUCAUAUUCUUCCAUUAGAUUCUGUAGGGAUGUUUUGGUUGAGCAGCUGAAUGACAUAACCCUCAUCCUCAAUGUCAAAAGGAUGAUUGCAGUCUAAUCAGAAAUUACUCUUCUACUUUACCAUUGUAUUACUGUUUUGUUGUUUGUCUGUUGCUGUGGCUGUCAACCGUCAAUUGCUAGUUUCUCUGUACUGAAGAAGAAUAUACAGAUUCGCCACUGUCCUCUUCACAUGUUAAGCGUUAGGGUUGUUUUGAGCAAGGUGUGCUCUGAAUUGUUUUCCUCUUUGUUUGGUUUCUGUAUUUCAUUAGAUCAAAAUGCAACAACGUUUUGACCAUAUUUAUUUUUCAGUGUUCAAAAGUGUACCAUCUUAUGUUUUGAAAUGUGCCCAAAUUGCUGAAACGCUGAGAAAUAAGAACCAAUAAAAUAAAUCUGAGACAUAA